CGGAUCUUCAGCAGUGCAGUAGGCGUGCAGCGUUGCGGUCUGCGACCACUCUCCAGAAAACUUCUGACAAGGCUCGUAGAGACUUGGCCAUGUACAAUGCAAAUGACACGGACACCGAUCCCUGGAAAUGGUUCUGCAGUGAUAAUGCCUCCCUCUGGCAAAGCGAUGAAGCUCUUCGGACAGUCUGCCUUGUGGAUGCCGUCAAGUUCAUUCUUCAGACUUCCUGUUUCACCCUGUUAUCACUCACCCUGCUGGUCGUAGGAUGUUGCUCGUGCCAUAAUGGCUGGGAUACAAAACAUCGGAAAAGGUAUCCGUUACACACAGCUCAGUGGAUCCUCAUGUUACUCGUCUUCCUGCUCAAUCUGUUGUCCACGGCAGAGGGACUCCUCACCGACUUGUCCUUCCGUUGGAACGAUCUCCCUGGUGUGGCCUACCCCACCCAGCCACACCUCUAUGUGCCACCCCUCUCUGGCCUGGCGUUGGCCUUCGUGGCCAUGCUCUGCUACCACCACAUGGAGGUAUGGCGGCAGUGGCAGAUGGCCUGGAUCCUGCUAGUCAACUGGGGCCUGGCACUGGCCGGCGAGGUGCUUCACCUCCUAAGCCUCCUCAAGAUGGAGCUGGCGUCGAUCGAGGUGCUGAGAUUUGACCUGUCAGUCCUCUUCAUCGCUGCUUACUUUGGACUGGUUUCACUACAAGUCAACAACAUCAGGCUAAAGAUUUCCUGUUCCAAGGGAAAUGUUCACAAGCCUGAAGAGCCUGCUCCACCAAAGACCAUGAGGUUCACUGAAGAGUUCAGCAGCUUCAUCUCCGAGGUGACCUUCUGGUGGCUGAACUGGGUAUUUCGGCUGGGUUACAAACGGCCCCUGGAGAUAGACGACCUCGGCCAACUCCCGGAGGUCCACUCUGCUGGUUACAUCCACAAAGAUUUCAAGGCGGCCUUCCAGAAGGAGCAAGAGCGGGCAAGGUUCAAAGGUCACAAGCCAUCCCUGUGGAGGGUCUACUGGUCUGUGCACGGAUGGAGGAUGGUGUUUGCCUUGGUCUUGAAGCUGUCAGGGGAUAUGUGUGGGUAUGUGGGUCCCGUGGCCCUCAACGGUAUCAUCUUGUGGGUGGGGAGAGUCAAAGAUGGAUCACAGGUGGCCAGCGAACCUCAUUUCAUCACUGUAUCCGAGUUUUUCCAGCACGGUUUAGUGCUGGUGGGAAUCACGUUUAUCGUUGCCUGUAUUCGCACACUGCUAAUGCAGACAUACGAAUAUUGGUGCGCUGUAGUGGGGAUUCACUUUCGCUCUGCUGUCCAGACGAUGGUUUUUGAGAAGUCGCUUCGCAUCUCGACCUUUGUCAUCUCCAGCGGCGAGAUGACCACUGGGCAGAUUGCCAAUCACAUGUCGACAGACGCCGUGAACAUCUUCACCAUGAUGAUUUACAUUUGCUGGAUGGUAACGGUACCCGUACAGGUUUUCGUUACCUUGGCACUGCUGCUCGGUCAGAUUGGCUAUUCUGCCGUUCUUGGCAUGGUUGUGUUUGCAGUCUUUGUUCCCUUACAAGCUGUUAUUGGGAAGUAUAUGGCGAAGCUGGAGGAACAAACACUGAGUUUUGCCGACGUUCGCCUGAAGCUGUCCAGCGAGGUUCUGCAGGGCAUCAAGCUACUCAAGAUGUACGGCUGGGAGGACCUGUUUGGCAGGGAGAUCAAGAAGAUAAGGCAGUGGGAGAUCUGGACGAUAUGCAAGAUGAUGUUGUGCUAUGGGGUUAUAGGUUCACUGACAGAGGCAACACCACUCAUAGCAACAUUAGUGACUUUUAGCACCUUCACGGCCCUGAUGGGCGAGGUCUUGACCCCCGAUGUAGCCUUCUCCUCCCUCUCCUUCUUCAUGCUCCUCCAAGACCCUUUCUUCCUCUUCCCCUUUGCCCUGUUCUCCACUAUCAACGGUGGCAUCAGCACGGGGCGUCUCGCGGCAUUCCUAGCUGCGCCAGAGGUAGACAUGAAGACACUCAGUGCUGUCAAAGUGAAGAGGCAAAUGCACGAGGUGCGGGUGGGAAAUGGAAAUCACAUGCCAAACUGUGACGAUGAUGAUCAGGAAGAUCACAUCGAGGUGCCGCUGUUGAAGACAAAAGUGAAAAGAUGUAAGGAUUCCAGCGGAUCGCUGGUUUCCUCAGUCAGCCAAGAGACCAACAGCUCCUACGGUUCCAUGCUCAUGAAGUCCUCCAGCCUGGACUCACUGAUGGUCCUACCCAGUCACGUUGCAAUCAAGAUUGAAAAUGGCUGCUUUGCCUGGGAUCCAGAUAGAAAUCAGCCGGUACUUCAUGAUCUGAACAUCACUAUUCCAGCAGGAAAGUUGACAAUGGUUGUUGGAACAGUUGGAAGUGGCAAAUCAUCCCUUCUGUCGGCCAUGUUGGAAGAAAUGACACUGCAGAAUGGGGCCAUAGUGAUAAACGGAAGCAGAAACUCCAUUGCCUACGCAGGGCAGAAAGCAUGGCUGUUGAACAUGUCUCUGAAGGAGAACAUCCUAUUUGGCCAACCCUUCAACCACAAAAGGUAUCGUCGGGUCAUCUCUGCCUGUGCCCUGCAACCUGACAUAGACAUGCUGCCGGCCGGCGACCAGACAGAGAUCGGAGAGAAAGGAAUCAACAUGAGUGGUGGACAGAAACAGCGCAUCAGCGUGGCGCGGGCCAUGUACUCCAGAAGAGAUAUUGUGCUACUGGAUGAUCCGCUGUCUGCUCUUGAUGUCCACGUUGGAAGCCACCUGUUCCAGCAUGGUAUUAUGGGUAAUCUACUGAAAAAGAAGAAAACGGUCAUCUUGGUCACCCACCAACUGCAGUAUCUGGCCCACGCUGACAAGAUUCUGUUAAUGAAAGAGGGACGGGUAGCGCAGGAGGGAAUGCUAGAGGACAUCAUGGCGGCUGAGCCAGACCUCUACAACGGCUACCAGAAAGCCGUCAAGGAGAUGACGGACCUGGAGUCUGAGGCAGAGACAGACGGAGAGUCCAGGAAACAGGAGAUGAUGCAGAUCAGGAAGCAGAUCUCGCAUCAAGAGUCGAGCAUCAGAGACGAGGAGGUGGCAGAAACCGGCGAUGAGCGUGGUCGUCUGAUGGUCAAGGAGGAGAUGGAGCGAGGCUCCGUGUCUUGGAGUGUCUACUACUACUAUGCCAAGGCCAUUAGGCUUCCCAUAGCCCUUCUGAUACUGCUGGUAUAUCCCCUCCAAGCCGGCAUCAUCGCAGGGAAUAACUACUGGCUGGCCAACUGGUCUGAGGCGGGACUGAGUCCGGGAAACGCAACAGACUCAGCCUACUACGUCGGGGUCUAUGCAGCGAUAUCGGUAGCCGGUGUUUGUAAUUCCUUCAUCACCACGAUGACCACAGUCAUAGGUUUGCUCAUUGCAGCAAGACACCUGUUCAACCUCAUGCUGAGCAACAUCAUUCACAUGCCCAUGCGAUUUUUUGACACAACACCAAUUGGUCGUAUCAUCAACAGAUUUUCUGCAGACACACAGAUCAUAGAUAUGAAACUUACCAUGUGCUACGAUGCCAUCUUUUUCUACCUGACAUCUAUCCUGGCAGCCUUGAUUAUCAACGCCUACAUCAGUCCCAUCUUCCUUGCCACAAUUCUACCCUUCUGUGUCUUCUACUACCUGGUCCAGAAGGUCUUCGUCACAACCUCCAGAGAGCUGCAGAGACUUGACAGCGUCACCAAAUCACCCAUUUUUGCUUUCUUUUCCGAAACUCUUGGCGGGCUUUCAACAAUUAGAGCAUACCGCAAGCACCAAACCUUUUUUGACGGUAUCAUGGAGCGAGUGGCCACCAACAACACGGCUUACCUGUACCUGCAGGCAAGCAUGAGGUGGCUGGCUGUCAGAUUGGAUUUAGUGGGUGCCUUUGUUGUACUAAUAUCUGGACUAACAACGGUGCUAGGGUCCAUCUAUGGCUCUGUGGACUCCAGCCUUGUGGGUCUGGGAAUAAGCUAUGCUCUCAUGGUGUCGGUGUACCUACAGCAGUUGGUCCGGUAUAUGGCGGAGACUGAGAUGCAGAUGAAUGCUGUUGAGAGGGUGAAGCACUACACGACACUCACAACAGAAUCGUACGAAGGGAUGGAACCGCCAUUUCAUUGGCCAACAAGGGGAGCAGUCUCCAUCGAAAACAUCUCGGUGAGGUAUGGCGAGGAACUGGAUCCCGUUCUCAAGGAUGUGACCGUCCACAUACGGGCAGGGGAGAAGGUUGGAAUUUGUGGCCGGACUGGAAGUGGCAAGUCAUCCCUUACAUUAGCUCUCCUUCGUAUAAUAGACACAUACAGAGGUCGUAUAUUAAUUGAUGAUGUCGACAUAGCCAGUGUGCCACUGACAACGUUGAGACGACGCGUUGCCAUAAUACCUCAAGACCCGGUGCUCUUUGAUGGAACCAUCAGGAUGAAUCUGGAUCCUGAGCACCAACGGACAGAGAAGGAAUUGUGGAAUGCUCUGGAGAUAGCUCAGCUGAAGGAGCUUGUCAUGCAAAUGGAAGACGGUCUAGAUUCUCAGGUUUCAGAAGGCGGAGAGAAUUUCAGCCUCGGGCAACGCCAACUCUUCUGCCUGGCCCGUGCCUUCCUUCGCAACACCCCUGUGUUAAUAAUGGACGAGGCCACAGCGUCCAUGGACGUGGAAACUGAUAGAAUUCUCCAGCAAGUUGUUGCCUCUGCUUUUGCCAACAAAACUGUCUUGACUAUUGCGCACCGUGUGGCAACCAUCUUAAACUCAGACACCAUCUUGACCUUGAGCCAGGGCGAAGUGGUGGAGCAUGACACACCCGACAACCUCCUUACGAAUCCAGACAGCGUCUUUGCCUCUCUGGUGAACUCAGAUCAAUAAGAACUCAGCCGUCAGGCUCUGAAUCAGUCACAGCAAGUCCAGGGGAACGGGGUUGCUGUGGGUGCUGAAGCACCCCUUUACUUUUUAGGAGCGGGAUGCUGGUGAACAAAAGAGCACCCCCAACUUUGAUCACGUCGAGCCACAAACAUGAUCAUGUAUGCCGGAAUUUGUACUAACACACUCGCCUGUGAAACAAUGUUUUCAAAAUGCUCCCAUUUCAACAUGAACCACUCUCCUGGGCUGAAGUUUUCAUCGAAUGUCCCUUAUACGAAACACUUUAAUUUGCGAC